AUGGCGGCCUUCGUGGCCUGCACUUCUGCUUCAUCUGUUACUCAACUUUUGAAUGUGACAUACUAUAUCCCGUCAAAAGUAGAGUUACCGUAUCACUUUGAAAUUCCGACGCCAGCACCCGUCACCGUUCUGACCUUGCCCGAACAAUUCGUCACAGCUUCAUGGUUGAACAAUACGAUUUCGGGAUUCUUGGACCAGGACGAUGUUUACACAAAAGGUUUCUUGUCAGCAUUCUACAUUCAGGGACAUCACAACGUCAGCUUUGCUGAUGACGCACAUCAAUUGAUCCAAUCGUUGGGGGUCGAGAACAUUUUCAGAGCUGACUCAAGCUGCAAUGUAACGCUUCCAGAUGGACCAUAUUUUGCCACCUAUGCAGGCUUGCACCGAGCCUGGCGUUUAUAUGACGACUUUACAAAUUCGUUUGUCUUGGCCUCUGUUCCCAGCGCCAAUGAUGCCAACGUAUAUGAACCUCUUGCGGCCAAUUCAGGCAAUCAAUUCGGUUUUAUGUCCGUUGCUGUACCAUCUAGGCUAUUCUAUCAACCUUCUCCCGAAAAGCCUCUUGCCGGCUACCGUGUUGCAGUCAAGGAUGAGUAUGACAUCAACGGCCUUUUGACGACUUACGGGAGUCGAUCAUAUGCAGCAACGUACCCUCCCGCAAAUCGUACUUCGGGUGUUAUUCAGGCUCUUAUCGACCAGGGCGCUAUCAUUGUUGGCAAAACAAAGCUAUCAACAUUUGCGCAAGCAUACUUUACCGCGGCUCAGUGGGUCGAUUACUCUCUGCCAGUCAACGUGAGGGGCGAUUCCUACCAGAUACCGGGUGCAUCUUCGGCAGGAUCCGGCUCUUCCAUGAUCGCCUACGACUGGCUAGACAACACUGUGGGUGAAGAUACCGGUGGAUCCAUGCGCUAUCCUUCAGCCUUGAAUGGUCUUUACGGUAUUCGCAGCUCCAUUAACAGUACCAACACCACAUUCACAGACUUUGGGCCCUUUGAUGCAGCGGGCCAUUUCGCUCGCGAUGUCGACUCCUUGAAUACAUUUGGCGCGGCCAUGUAUCGCGGAUCCAAUUUCAAAAACUUUACAAAGUUUCCGAACAGAAUAUUAUAUCCCCAAGAAUACUGGACAAAUGUGGACGCUGACUACAUUGCCCCUUGCGAGUUAUAUUUGCAGAAACUAGAAGCUUUUCUGGGAGUUGAUCGUACACCAAUUGACACCAAUCGGCUUUGGCUCAACACUUCCGGUCAUGGAAAUACUAGUAUCGGCGAUUAUUUCCAAAAUACGUUUAGUUACGUGCAAGGCACGAGCACUUUCUUCCUAAGAUUUCAAAAAGACUACAUCAGUAAAUUCGGAACCUAUCCAUACAUGACCUUGGAUGAUACAAGCAGCAAUGUCAGUCUUUCAACCAACUCGCAGACACAGCUCGGGGCAGCACAAAGAGCAGAAUUCCAGGCAUGGUAUAGAAAGCACAUCUUGAGCCCGGAUGACACCACGUGCUCGCAGACUAUUGUUGUCUUCCCGUUCAAUGGGAAUGGUGGCAAACCGUGGUACCGAGAUUCCACGACUUCGGACUCGGCGAGCGGUACUGCGUCGGCCUUGGCGGGAUAUAUCAGCUGGAAUCUGCUAUCCGUUCUCAACGGAAGCCCGGAGAUUGUGGUUCCGGUUGGCGAAGUAGAGUACCUCAGUCGAGUCACUCUAGCGACGGAGAAAUUCCCCGCUGCGGUCGAAAUCCAGGCGGCAUAUGGCUGCGACUUGAUGUUGACGAAUCUUGUGCGCGAAGUGGCUUAUGCAAUGGACUUACCUCGAGGAGUAAAGACUGGCCGUUUCAUGUUUUAA